AUGCCAAUAGAAGAGGACUCUUUCACUCCGGCCUGGAAUCUCCUACUCUCUCGAUAUGACAACGAGAGAUUACUCAUCACGUCUCAGUUGGAGAAGUUGCUGAAUACAACUAAGAUCGCGGUACGCUCAGCGAAGGAGCUCAACAACCUGAUCACUUCCGCAACCGAAGCAUACAACGCACUUCAGGCUCUAGGUUGUCCAGUGGAUCAAUGGGAUCAGGUCUUGGUGUACUCCCUCUCUCAGCGACUGGAUCCAACAACCCGUGAGGCGUGGGAGAAUGACAUUGGUGCAUCGCCCUCGUUCCCUAAUUACACAACCUUUAAGGAUUUCGUGAUUGGCCGUGCACGCGCCUUGGAAAGCAUUGAGAUGGACUCACCAGCCUCGACAGGUACCAAGACACGAACCAACACAAAAUCAACUAGCCCGUCUCAACAAUCAGCGCACGGAACCAGCUCAAAGAAGGUGUACACCGCCAAACCGACAGCUGGCACGUCUCAAAACUCUGCCGGUUCUUCUACGGACAUGAAGAAAUAUCCUUGCUCUAUGUGUUCGAACGAGCAUUACGUUGUUGGUUGCCCGCAAUUCCGACAACUCACGCCGGAAAAGAGAAGGGAGUUAGUUGUUUCCAAGCACUUAUGUUUUAAUUGCUUAGGAAACCAUAGUGUCAGAGCCUGUCAAUCAUCAAAGAGAUGUCAACUCUGUAACGAGAAGCACCACACGAUGAUUCAUCUUAACGCCACAUCUCCACCCAACAACGCAACCAAGAAUGCCUCACCUCAACCGUCGCAGGUUUCCUCAUCAAAACAAUAUCCAGCUCAACGAACGGAGACUGAAGAAUGA